GGGGAUCUCAUUCUCAUUCUCAUCUGAGGGGAUCUCAUCUUCAUCUUCUUCUUCUUCUCUCCUCUUGUCUCGUAGGCAGAGCAGAGCAAGAGCUUACUCUCAACCAAGGUGAGGAAAGUGUGGAUCGAAUCGAACCGAACCCAAUCCUAAGCAAGCGGCCGGAAGGAAGGAAGGGGAUGGCGAUGGCGCUGUUGAAGGUGUAUGCGGACCGGCUGUCGCAGCCGUCGCGCGCCAUCAUCAUCUUGUGCAAGGUCAACCGGAUCGACUUCCAGGAGCUCACCGUGGAUCUCGCCAAGGGACAACACCGCGCACCAGAGUUCACCAAAAUCAACCCCAUGGCACAGGUCCCAACAAUCGUCGAUGGAAGAUUCAAACUAUUUGAAAGCCAUGCCAUUCUGAGGUAUCUUGCCACCGUCUUCCCCGGGGUUCCAGAUCACUGGUACCCUGCUGACUUAUUUACCAGAGCAAAACUCGAGUCUGUCUUGGAUUGGCACCACUCUAAUCUGCGCCGUGGUGCAGCAACCUAUGUACUGCACACCGCGUUGGGUCCUGCUCUUGGUCUCACACCGAAUCCUGAAACCGCAAAAGAGGCCGAGAAGUUGCUGUCGCGAUCACUGGGAACGAUCGAAACCGUGUGGCUCAAAGGCGAUGCCAAAUUCUUGAAUGGCAACCCCCAGCCAUCAAUCGCAGACCUCAGCCUUGUGUGUGAGAUAAUGCAGCUGGAGGUUGUUGGUGACGAGAGGCGUGACAGAAUUCUGGGACCUCACGACAAGGUGCGCGCUUGGAUGGAGAAUGUGAAGAAGGCCACCAGCCCUCAUUUUGAUGAGGUCCAUGAGCUCAUCUUCAAACUCAAGGCGCGCUUGAACCCAGCAUCCAAGCUCUGAAUACAUGGAUCCUCCUACAUUUACCCAAUUCUUCUUUCUUCUUGGGAUGAAAACCAAGUACUAGCAUCCAUGUACUGUACGAUGAAAGAAAGAAAUAAGGAACAACAAGAACCUUGAUGCUUGAUGCUUUGCUUGUGCUGUAAAUCUUCUUGUGUACAAAACUCACCUUGCUGUUCUA